AUGCAAGGACUAACAGAGACAGAGCGCGUUGGAUUUACAAAAAUCCUGAACUUAAUGAGCAAAAGUGACCUUCUGUCGCUCAGUGACACGGUGACCAAUAAGAUGAUAGUUGUGGAAAACAUCUCAGAGGCUACGGAGACAAUCCUCUCCUUCACUAAAGAUGCUGAAGAGCUCCUGAGAAGGAAGAAGGUUCAGCGUGAGCUGAUAUUUAAGUACCUGGCCAAGGAAGGGGUGGCGAUGCCCCCAAACAGUGAGAAACACCAGCUGGUGAGAAGGACACUGCAGCUUUGGUCGUCAGCAAAGGUUGUAGUUGACGAGAGCCAUCGAGGAGACCCAGAUGGGAACCGAAGGCAACGGCCCACAGAGACAGCAUCAGACUCCACGGAUAUGAAGGCUGGGGUGGGCUUUGACCCGCUGGUCCUCGGGCAGCAGUUCUGCCAGUGGUUCUUCCAGCUCAUGAACAGUCAGAACCCGUCACUAGGCCAACAGCCUCAAGACUGGGGACCACAACACUUCUGGCCAGAUGUGAAGCUCCGCCUCCUCUCCCGAACUGGCAGUGAACAGAUGGAAGACUUUCUGGGUGCUGAGCUAGUUAGCCUUCGUCUUUCGGCCCUGACCAAGGAAGAGCGCCUCCUCUUCUGUCCAAACCUGGAGCCUUUCGGCCUCAAGGCCCUGGUCUCCCCGCACGGCCUGGUGCUGGUGGCCGUGGCCGGGACCAUCCACAGAGAUGCAGCCUGUCUCGGCAUCUUCGAGCAAAUAUUUGGCCUUAUUCGUUCCCCGCUAGACCACAACAGCUGGAAGAUAAAGUUUGUCAACCUGAAGAUUAAAGGACAGGAGGCCCUCGGGGGAGCGGAGGUGGCAGCGCCUGCUUUAAGCUACAACUCCAGUGAACUGCAGCUACUCUGCAGCUGAUGACAGUCAGGAUGGAGGUUCCUUUUGACUGCUCUCUUUUACUGCGUGACCACAUCACACUGGCAGGUUGAGGUCAGAUUUUAAACGUGGCAACUUUCCUGACAAACCUGACUUUUAACUUAAGCAUCAUGUCAGAAUGUACGGGUGGUUGGACACUAUUCCAGCAAUGAUGCAACUUUAAAAAAAAAAAAUGGUCCAAGGUAGGUUUCUUUUUGCUUAUUAGAAAAAGCACACCUCUGUUGCCGCUGUUCUGGGACCACUUUGUUAAAAGGUUAAACAUACUCUAGCUUCUUCCAAAGCAUGUUGGGCUUUGGCAGCCUGUGCCUUAUGCGAUAUCUGAUAUAGUCUUGGAUAUGCUCGUGUAAAUAUAUGACGAAUUCCACACAAAGACUUCAGUGAUUGUUGUUGAGCUGUAGGUUGCAAACAGAAGAAAUGUUUUGUUUCUUCAUUUGACAGUACAAAGUCAAGUAAAAUUAAUUUUGUGUUGUAUAAUCUGAGGCCUCUGUGUUUUCAUGGGAUGAGUUAAGGCCGGGAAUGUUUACAGAUUAUUAGUUUUAAGCAAAGGUCUGUGGUGGAUCGGGAAACAUGACUAAGUGCAAUAUACAAAUGGCAUAAAGUGCAAUUUUUUUGACAGAUGUAAAACGUGUCACAACAUAAAUGAAGCAUUUGUGGUGCUACAGACAAUCCCUGGCCUGUAAAUCAUCAUCUCCAGACGAAUCUGCUCAUCACAUCAUUUUUAUAUCCGCUUGAUUAGAGAAGAAAUGCAAAUAUCGACAGUAAGAUUUUCACUCGUAUCACAAUAUCUGUCAAAAUAAUUGCAAUAAGUUGUUUUAUUUUUUUUAUUUUGCCUAUCAUUCAGAACCAGUGGUGGGUAUGUCUGAUAUUAAAACAAAUAUGUUCAUCAAAUGA